GUGAAGACUCUGGAGCCAUAAGCAAUAACUGGCAAUAACCAACCAACCAAUGUUCAUCCUAACCUCAAAACAGUUUGAUUUGCGCAGAUAUAAAUGCGACAAAUGUGUGUACGGGUGAAUAACUCUACGGAGACGUAAUUUUAAAUAGUUUGUGUAUAUUAACGGAGCUAACUACCAGGAGCAGCAAAAAUGUGAAAAAUAUACUCCAUUGUUUAUUUAUACAUUAUUUUGAAACCCUUUACACGUUGAGCAUUUGUAUUGCAGUGAAGCUUAGGGAACGUAUACGUUUAAUAAACGGCCCAGAAAUGUCGAAACGCAAGUUCAACGAGAUUUCAACAGCAGAUUGGCCUGUAGAGCAGAAACCAGCGCUAAAAAAUUCCUUGGAUUCUGAUGAAGACGACGAUGAAGUUACCGAAGAUACGUACAAUGUUAUGAACGAGGAUGAAUUUGAAGGAGUGGAAGAUGGACCCGUAACUCAAGAAUCUGAAGUCGGCUUUACCGCGUUUAAUAUGAAAGAGGAAUUGGAAGAAGGUCACUUCGACAAGGAUGGCCACUACCUUUGGAAUAAAGAAAAAGAGAUUAGAGAUAAUUGGUUGGAUAAUAUUGAUUGGGUUCAGAUAAAAGAGCGUAAAAAGACAAAAACAGUUGACGAGUCUAAAGGAUUAGCAGAUAGUGAUAGCGAAGAGGAAGAAAAGGAUAUAGUUUUUGACCCUACGCCAUUAUAUAAACAAAUAUUAGAAUACCUAAAGCCAGGCGAAACUGUAUCCCAGGCUUUGUGUAGACUCGGAAAGGGAAAGAAAAAAAUGUCAAGUGCUGACAGGUGGAAAAAGAAGAAAGAAGUAGUGACUUCUGCAGAAGAAGAUGAAAAAUCUGCUCAAAUAAUAAAAUUGACAGAACUUGCAAAUGAAUUAUUGACACGAACAGGAAACAUGGAUAUUUACCAAGAGAAUUUUGAAUUGAUUAAGAAAAAGAUCCAGCAAAGUGAAAAACAAUCUCACCCUUCAAAACAGGAGGCAGAAUUAGACAUGUAUGCUGAUGAUUUUGAUGUAAAAGAAAAAGCCAAGUUGGGCGAAACUGACAAUAGUAGCAAAACAACCGAGACAGAGGAGAUGAACACAGAAAAGACUGGGGAUGUUGACAGUGAAGUAACAUGGCAAUUAAAAUGGUCUCAACAGGAAGAGGCUGAAGUCCUUGGACCAUAUUCAAGUAAACAAAUGCAGCUUUGGGCUAAAAAGGGCUACUUUAAAACUGGAGCGUGGGUACGGCGAACAGGACAAGAAGGCCAAUUUUACAGUGCAGGACGAGUUGACUUCGAUCUUUACCUGUAAUUUGCAUUCCAGUUUUGCACGCUGUAUAUGUAUCGUUUGCUGUUUUAAUAAUCAUUAUGAUAUAUAUGAGAUAAUUGUAUAAUAUAGCGAAAUCGAAUUAAGUACUGCCGGAGAACUUUUUUUAUUGGUAGAGUAGAAUUGAUUCUUCACCCUUGCACGCACCAACAAUUCCUGUAUAAAUAAAAGAGCAGAGACACCAACAAGUGUGUUCCGUUUAUCUUCCAUUCUGCUGUAUAACUUGCAAAGUAGAAGUUGUCAAGGGCAAAUACAUCUACAUUUUUAUAAGUUAGCAUGUAAUGUUAAAUACUAACGAGACUAUAAAUUACAAUUUCGUUAACUGUAUGGACGUAUUUUUGCAAAAUGUCAAAAUAAGAGAACGAUGAGAAUUAUAGCAUGCUUAUAACAAAAUAAAAAAAAUCCAUGUA